AUGUUCACUGACCAGCCGCUCGCCCAGAAAAACUUCUACGAAACUAUGGACGUCAGUUUCAACUUUCAUGUUCAACUUUGAUUAAUGAGAUAAAUUUCAGGUGAAACCUCGGAAAGCAGAAGGGUUCCAGCCUUGAGCUCCUUGAGAGAGCAGAUGAGUUCCCGAUUACAGCAAGAUUGUGCGGGCACAGGUUUCAACGCCAUUUAUUUGCGUCUUGCGCUGUCGACAAGAAAGAAGGACUGCAAUCUCCGCUUAUAGUGCGGCAACUUCCAGGUUAUUUCUUGUAAUUUUGGUUUCACAGUUUUGAAAUAUUAAUUCAUUUGAAACUUUGAAAAAGGCGAGGGACAAAAAGAGGAUUUUCUGCUUGAUAAUGUUUUUUGAAAACUUUGUUCCAUUCUCUAUAAUUAUUUUUUUCACAAUUUUUUUCAAAGGCUAUUUUUUUUAUCAGGAUCUGACCGUGAAAAUUCGAAUUUUUCUUUAGGAGCUUUCUCAACCACGGGGACCGAUCUUCGAUGCGGCUCAGUUCUCGCAAAGACAUGGUUCUUCAAGAAGUCUGCCUGUCAUUGAUUCUUCUGUCCCUAGCAAUGUAUCACCAUUCCCGCCUUCCCAUGCAAUUAUAUUGUUCUCAGAAAUUUACAUGAUUUUUACUGUUGGGAAAUAAAAUGUCAAUAAUAAAUAUUUUCUGUUGAAACUUUGUAGUUUAAUUUUUUUUUAUAUGGAUUCAUCAUUCCAUUUUUAUCUAUCCAUUUCAGUUCCUAUUCUGGCGUUUAAAAAAUUUCGUUUAAUUGGAUAUUCAGAAAUAUAUUUGAAAAUAAACACUUUUCAGGUUUCGUGGCUCAGUCGAUGAAACUGGAGUUGGUCGCCAAGAAGGUUUACCUCCGCACCGCUAGAAAAAAGCCACAUGAAACCGAUCUAACAGGUAUGUCUCCCAUGUUCUUUGUUCGUGAGUGUUAUUGUAGUGUAUCGGAACCAUAUCCGCUUUAAGUCACUGUGAAAAACUCAAAGUGAGAAACUAUCAAUGAAUCAGAAGAUUUAAAGCAAUCUCCGUAAUUUGCUAAAAGUUUGAAAACAGCGGGUAAUUAAAAUGUAUUUGUUUAAUUUUGAUUAAGCUUCAGCCGGUGUGGUAACCCCUUGGCUAGCCGGGUUCCGUGAAAGAGGAACGAAGUCGUAUAAAUUGCUACCAUGUCAGUGACAUUUUCGAUAGUUUAGAAAACAGCCGGAUAGUUAGUGGUUUUAAAGACGUGUCUUUUCAAAAGGAAUUCUCUUUUAAAAGCCAAAAAUAGAGCAAGUUUUCGGUUGGUCCAGUAGCCUUACAGUCUUUCCAAACCCAUUUGAAGGAAACACGACACAUUUUAGUGACUUUCUGAAAUGAUUUUACAUGAAAAUCUGAACAUCUGAAAAAUUGAUAAAAUCGAAAAAAACAAAAAAAAAAAUCGUCAACCUUGGCCGAAAAUUGUCAAGUUGCGCGCGUUAGGAGUAAAUGUCAGAUGACGGACUCAUUAAAUUGGACUUUAUAUUUUUUUGUUAUUUUCAAAAGAUGCUGAAAGACAUAUUCCAUAAAAAGCAAGUACGAUGCGAUUCUAUGCUGACAGCCAGAGUAACCGAAAAAACCAACUUUCUAAACACAAAAAUCAUCGGAACUCGAAAACUUCUACAGUACUCCGAAAUGGUAUGUACUGAAAUAAUUCACAAAAUUGGAUUACGUAUUGAUUGAUGUAUCACUUGCCUUGUAAUAAGGUGGUAUGAAAAAAACACCAGCGAAAAUUCAAACGGCGACUUUUCCGAUUUUUUCAUCUCGCUAGGGAACUUUCCGACGGCCACCUUUCCGACGGAUCUUUUUCCGACUUUUUUCCCUUAUGGUUUUCGGUUUAUAAAUAUCUAUAAAAAAUUUUUUUUUUCUAUUUCUUUGUGUUUUCAUCAUGAACCAACUACCUACUUUAUAUAGGUAGAUUUAAAACGAAGAUUGUAUCGAGAAAAAAAUUCGGAAAAAGUUUCAUCGGAAAGGUGACCGUCGGAAAGUUCCCUAGCGAUAUGAAAAACUCGGAAAAGUCGCCGUUUGAAUUUUCGCUGGUGUUUUUUUCAUACCACCUGUAAUAACUAUUCCCAACAUGGAAACGCAGGGGUGACCUGCCUAUCGUAACCCGAAUACGGUAAGAGGAGUGGUUCAAAAAGUUUUGUCCGCAUUUUUGAUGAUAUAUUAUCAAUGGGAGAAGUUUCAUCGAUUAAUAAAAUGACAUUUUUUGUACUCGUUGUUUUUAAAGUUAUAGAGAAAUCUUGUUUGAAAACUCUUUAAAAUGACUUUCUCUGCCAAACUUCUGUUUUAUUCAAUGAGGUUUUUGUUCCAAGCAAUGCGCCGGCGUCAUUAACUGAUUGAGAAGUCCUUUUCUGUCUGCUUGUCUGCGCGCUCUUCCUUUCGCUCUCGCCGUUCCCUCAUUUUCAAAGUCUGUGAUCGCCGAGAGCGGUUGCUCCUGGGCUCGCUCUGAGUCACAAGCGUUCGUGGGAAAUGGGACGCCUUAAAACUGCGUUUAUUCCCAUGUUUUUUUAUAAAGAAAUGACUCUCAAAUCAGCUUUCAAGCAAUAGUUCAAUGAAAUGAACAGAUUUGAAGUUCCCGUAAAUUUUCAAGUAAGAAAAUAAGAGGAAAAAGUUCAAAGCGGAAAAUUGGUAAUUCGAUGCGAAAAGGUAAAAUAUAGUUUUUGAUGAUGAAUAAUUCCACUAAAUAUUGAUGAAUAAUUCCGCUGAAAAUUAGUCUAUAGUUUCGAGUAACUUUUUUUUUGGUCCACAAUCUCGAAAAGUCGUUUUUUCAUGAGGUUUCUUUUCAGAAAAAAAAGAGAUUGCGGCUCCUCCCCUGCUGUGAUUUCUGAUUUAACAGCUUUCUAAUAGCUUUUUGUUUCAAACUGCGCGAAAAAAGCGAAAAUUCAAGUUGAACUCAAAAAUGUUCAAAAAGCAAUUAUGUGCAAGAUGAUGAUUUUGAAGACCUCUUUAAAGCUAUUCUUUCAGUUAAUGUUGGAAAAAGAAGAAAUUUCAUAGGCAAUUAUUUAUUUUUUUCAUAUAUUAAAAAAAUAAUAUGUAAUUUUUAUCACAGAAUAAAAUUGAUGAUGAAUUUGACUUAGUUUUUUGUUUCCACAUCCUUUUCAUUCAUCGACAAUUGAGAAAGAUGAUGUAAACAUAGACACGUCAAAACGUAUCAAAAUUUUUUCACGUGCAGAAUUUUCAGAAGUUUCGCCGGGAAAUCCGCCAGAAAAUCGAGGCGACCGGCCUCACUCCGGACUUCAACAACCGAAGGCCUGAAGGCCUGGAGCAGAUUGGUUCCCGACUUCAGCAACUUUCGUGUCGCCGAGGGACAUACCCAGUAAGUUGGUUGUUUUUUACUUUGUUUUCGGUCGUGCACACUUUAUUUUUUUUUUCUCUUAAACGUUUUAUCAUCAUUCAUUGCAGGUUUUUUUGAAAGAUCAUAUAGAUUUAUUAUUAGAAAAAAAUUUUUCCUUGAAUUAAUCAUAGCGAAACAUUUACGGGAACGUUUUUAAUGCAGCAAUCGUAAGAGUAUUUCCAUGGAAAAUUUGAGCAAAGCAAAAUUUGUGAACACGUUGCAAAAAAAAAGCUAAUUUACUUGAUAAUUUCUCUUUUGAAAUAGACAAUCUGCGCUAGUCGAACGUUUCAAGGCUAUGGCGGAUGCAAACUUCCCACUGGUCCUAACAGCUUGGCGCAGAAAAUCUUUCAAAUAAGAGCUUGGCGCAGCGCGUGCGCUGCGAUACUUCUUUUUGAGGUCGCGAGUCAUAACCAACCUUACUCUCAUUUGAAAAAAAGAGACUGCCACGAUUUCAGGUCUCCAGCACCCAAAGGCCAAAUGGCCUUGAGCUGAGUGGUUCCCGAUUUCAACUCUUUCUGGGUCGCUCUUUUUGGGUAUUGAUGAGUAAUUUUUUUUUUUGAUAAUCUUCGCAAAAAUGAAUACAUAUUUUUUAGAAUCAAAAAAAUUGGUGAUACAUUUGACUUAGUUUUUUGUCUCCACAUCCUUUUCUUUCAUCGACAAGUGAAAAAGUUGAAAUGAACAUAGACACGUCAAAACUUUUCAAAAUUUUUGCACUUUGAAAAUUGAGAUGAAUUCAAGGUGAAGCUUCGAAAAUUGGUGUGAUUAGAUAAAACGUCACGUCUCAAGGGUGUGACUUUUUUUUUCAACUCGAAACGACUGAAAAUAGACACGUAAAACGUAUCGAAAGUUUUCACAAGUGCAAAAUUUUCAGAAGUUUCGCCGAGGAAAUCGGCCAGAAAAUCGCGGCGGCCGGCCUCACUGCAAAAUGGAUAGUGGAUAGUGGCUCAGGAAAGCCUCGAACAAAACCUUGGUUUGAUUACCCAAGUUUGACCCCUACCGCCACUACCGUUUCCAAUGGCUUACCCUCCGCAAAACGCCUUUUUCCAUCCACCGCCUCCUCUUUUAUCCGAUGCGCCCUAUGUACUUUUAUCGACCGGAUAGGAUGCCUCCAUGCAUCUUUUCAAUGUUUCGACAGCGAUGAGAACAGGCCGCCUUGCGAGCAAAAAGUCAAGAAACUUCUAAAGUUCGAGCCGCCGUCCAUCAAAAAAACUUUGGGGGUCACCAACCCCAAACAAACGCUCGGAAACAGAAAACAUUUCACAUUUGGUCGUACGGACGCUGAAAACUCUAUGGCUCAAACGCCGGAAAAGUGCUGGAUCGAUCUCAAAGCAGAGGAAUCUAUACCUUCACGAUCUAAGAAGAAGAAAAAGAAGCACUCGUCUAGUGGUUUGGGCUAUACGGCAGAUUCUGAUGCUUUUUCGAAGGGUUCCAUGCAAACUCCUCCUCCCACUGAAGAUUCGGGCUCUAUGCAAGAGUUAAGAAAGCAGGAUAAUUUGACUAGCCCGAAGGAAGAAACGCCUGCCAAGAAAAACGAAAAAAACAUGAUGACUUUAUACGUCUUCGAGGAAUAGUAAGUUCAUUGGGCUUAGUUUGGUCUUCAUUUUAUACCAAGUUUGUUCCAGAACACAGAGAUUGCAGAGUUUGGAUUUGAAGACACAACGUCGCAUGCGGCGAAGUCAACUUUUCCGUUAUCUCUUGUAAGAAAUAAUAAAAAUGCUGUGAAAAAUUUUCCUAUUUAGGUGAUGAGCCCCUGGGGAACUAGAUGACUCGAGGAAGUUGACCGUUGCAGAGCCUACAGUGAGCAGAAACAAUGAUCAUGGGCUUUAUAAGAAAGUGAGAAAAUUUGAAAGGACAUUAAACGCGCCGCCUUUUUUCCAAGUUUCGCCAAUUAGAGUAUACUUUUUUUUCCUGAUCUUCAUGUUCAAUUUCUAUUGAAUCUAUUUUCAGCGAAUGAUGUUUACUGAGGACCAGGCGCUUGCCCAGAAGGACUUCUACGAAACUAUGGACGUCAGUUUCAUCUUUCAUGUUCAACUUUGAUUAAUGAGAUAAAUUUCAGGUGAAACCUCGAAAAUUGAUGUAUUCGGAGGGAAUUUCACGUCUCAAUGGUAUGACUUUUUCAUCAACUUGAAACGACUGAAAAUCUUUUUCAGUGAGCCUUUUUUUCUGAGCGAGCGGAAAAUUUUUUCUUUAAAAAGUUGACAAGUAUUGCUGAGUAUUUUGUUUUGAUAAUCUUUCCAAAAAAAUGGAUAUUUAUUUUUUUUAUAACAAAAAGAUUUUUUUAUGGUAAAUUUGACUUAGUUUUUUUGUCUCCACAUAUUUUUCUUUCAUCAAAAAUUGAGAAAUUCAUAAUAAACAUAACCACGUCCAAACUUUUCAAAACUUUUUCGCAACUGCAAAAUUUUCAGAAGUCUCGCCGAUGAAAUCCGCCAGAAAAUCGAGGCGACUGGCAUCAGUGCGGAUCUCGAGGAAAAUUCACAUUCUUUUUUUCGAGAAAACCUAGAGGAGACGUCAAAAAAUAUCUUUGGUUUUGUACUUCGGAGCUGGUCAAGAUCAACUUGUCUCUCGUAAGUAAAAAUAAAAAAGCUGUGAAAAACUUUUGCGAUUUAGGCGUAGCUGAGAGACUGAAGAUUUUUCAAAACAUCCAAGUUUAUUCGCUUGCAAAUUGGAUCGGGCGAACACCUUUGACGCAUCGGUUUCUUUAUUUGUUCUUGAAUUUGUUCCUGAAUUCAGAAAUUGCAGAGCGAACUACUACGAAACCUGAACAUUACAUGCGCUCGGGCAACUUUGGCAUCAAGGCCAGUAUCAUGGUCCCCCUAGGCAAGCGCGAGAAGAAGAUAAACGCUGGUGCAAACAAAUGUACAUGUUGCUGUUGAGAAUAAAAAAUGCCAAUAAUAAAUAUUUUUUUUCUGUUGAAACUUCGUAGCUUUGUUUUUUUCAUAUGGAUUUAUCUUUCCAUUUUUACCUACUAAUUUCUCUGCAUAUUUUGGCGUUUAAAAAAGUCGAUUGAAAGUUUAGAAAAUAGUUUGGAAACUCUUGAAAAUUUGGAAGUAAGCAAACAGGAGGAAAAACCCAAUAAAUAGUGAUUGGUUGUUCGAUCCGAACUUUAGAGAUACGAGUAUGUGAAGAGUAACAACUCAAAGUGUAAUUUCCUAAUUUCAUCUCCCUCUUGAACUUUUAUCUGUUCUCAUAUUCCUUUAUUGUCAAAAUGAAAUUAAUCUUCCCGUUGUCAUUUCCUUCGAACUUUUACUUUCGAAUCGUUUUUCUCAGUAGCUCAAUUUUCCCACUAAUUUCUGUAACUUUCUUUUUCAGGCGUUCAAUUUCAAAGACGUCACACGAAUUCGGUUCUGCAAAAGGAAUAUGCCCAUUUAAAAGGUGAAACUCAGUUUUUGAUGAAUAAUUUUGCUACAAAUAAUGGCCAAAAGUUUCGAGUAGUCCUAACCCCGUUCACAAUCUUGAAAAGACGUCUUUCAAAUGUGAGUUUUUCAGGAAAAAAAAAUUUUCGAGUGCCAAAACGGUUCCUGAAUAUUUUUGCUUGUCCAGAGAUUAUCGAGAGGGCUGAUCAUGAAUUUCUUUCCAAAAAUGCGGAGACUUCCAGGUUUUCUUUAUAAUUUAAAAACUCUGCAGCUUUUUUUAAACGCAUUGUGUCCGAAAUUGCGAAGAAAUAAGAGUAAAAAAAUUUCAGUUGACUGUUUGCAAGAAAAUUUUUUUAAAAAAACCUCUCCAAAUCUUUUAUUCAGUUUUUUUAUAGAGAAAAAUUUUUUUCAGGAAGCGUUUUAACAAACUUUUUUUAAAUCAGAAGUGGUCAAAAAAAUCAGAAAUGCUUUUUUUCUCGAAGUUUAGAAAAAAAUGGGCACCUCUUAAAAACCUCCAUGGAAGAAUGAACGUUUACCAAUAUUCAAUCGGGAAGUUUUCCAGUCUCUGCGCAACCACGGAGAUCUACUUUCAAUGCGCAUCAGCAUCUGGAAGGAAAAAGGACUUCAAGACGUCGAUUACCAAUCUAGAAAGGAGGUUGGUUAAUGGUUCGGAGUGUUAUACCCAAUAAAUUGGGGAGAAUUUUAACAUAGAGAACUCAUUUUAUCGAUUGAAAAACUGCAAUACAAAAAAAGUUAAAAAUUUCAUGUAGAAACAUCUUAUCUCAUUGUUUCUUUUUUUCAAAAUGUUUCUAGUCUGAAAUGACAAUUUCUGCUGUUACAGUAUCUCACUUAUACCGGGAGUAGCUUCUGGAAUGUGAUAUUUUCUUGUAGGUAGUGCUGUAGAGGAGACGUUGUCGUUAAAAACGACUACGAAGCAAAAUCGUGUCUCAAAGAGUUUCAACUUCUGUCUCAAAGGUGUGACUUUUUUCUCAACUUGAAACGAUAGUAAAUCAUUUUCAGUGAGCCAUUUUCUCGGAGCGAUCGGAUAUAUUAUUUCUGCAAAAAGUUUCUGCAAGAAGUAUUGGUAUUUUUUUUUGAUAUUCUGCACAAAAAUGAAUAUAUAUUUUUUUUAAAAGAAAAUUGAUGACACUUUUGACUUCGUUUCUUGUCUUCACAUCCUUUUCUUUCAUCGACAAUUGAGAAAGUUUAUGUAAACAGAGAUACGUCAAAAUGUAUCAAAGUUUUUCCACAAGUGCAAAACUUUCAGAAGUUUCGCCGAGGAAAUUCGCCAGAAAACCGAGGCGGCCUGCCUCCCUGCAGACCGGAUAGUGGAUAGUGGCUCAGGAAAGCCUCGAACAAAACCUUGGUUUAAUUACCCAAGUUUGAGCCCUACCGCCACUACCGUUUCCAAUGGCUUAUCCUCCGCAAAACGCCUUUUUCCAUCCACCGCCUCCUCUUUUAUCCGAUGCGCCCUAUGUACUUCUAUCGACCGGAUAGGAUGCCUCAUCCACAUGCAUCUUCACAAUAUUUCUACAGCAAUGGGAUAAGGCCGCAUUACGAGCAAAAAGUCAAGAAAAUUCUGAGGAUCGAGCCGCCAUCCAUCAAAAAGACUUCUAGCGUCACCAACCGCAAACAAACGCUCCAAAACAAAAAACAAUUCACAUUUGGUCGUACGGACGCUGAAAACUCUAUGGCUCAAACGCGGGAAAAGUGCUGGAUCGAUCUCAACGCAGAGGAAUUUAUACCUUCAGGAUCCAAGAAGAAGAAAAGAAGCAGUCGUCUAGUGGUUUGUACUAAACGGCAGAUUCUGAUGCUUUUUCGAAGGGUUCCAUGCAAACUCCUCCUCCCACUGAAGAUUCGGGCCCUUUGCAAGAGUCUAGCGAGCAGGAUAAUUUGACUAGCCCGAAGGAAGAAACGCCUGCCGAGACAAACAAAAAAAACAUGAAGACUUCAUUGGUCUUCGAGGAAUAG